AUGUCUGGACCCAGCACGCGCCUCGGUGAACGCGCAUGCGUUACUACUGUCGAGCUUGAUGGAAAUACGCUGUUCUUUCCGGGCUUGGACAUAUACGUGGGCACAAGAGUCGCUUGCCUGUUCGACUACCUCGACAACACGGACUACAAGAAGGAGACCAAGUACAGCUCCAAGUAUCUGUCUGAGAAUCCCUCCGACAAAGUUAUGGCUCGUGCCGCUGGAGGAGAUCUGGAGGCGUUUGUGGAGGUUGCUAUCAGAUAUCUUAGCGGGUGCGGGAUGAACAAGAGCCCGGAAGGUGCGCUCUACCAACUAGACGUUCUCACCAAUCCCAACCACGGGCAGGGUCCCUAUUUUGGCGACACCGCGCCGCGCGAGCUCAAAGCCAAAGCACACUCCUGCGCGGCUCAGGCGUAUCUCAACAAGGUAUUCAUUCCCCCCGCUGAGCGCGCGAGCCUCGCCGCCGACGAGCGGCGCUUCACGCGUCGGGACUCGUUGCGGGUCGGCAUCAACGAACCCGCGGCCAGGUUCACCAACUUCUCCAACGCCCUCGAACACGCGAACGAGAACGCGAAGCUGGGACUCGUCUCGCCUGCGGUCUUGACGGCUGGAUUUCUGCUGCGCGACUUUGGCGACGCUGCGGGCAUCGACUUGUCGCAGAUGACGCGCAGCCGCCGCUUCGGCCCACUCUGGCAGACGGUCACGCGCAGGCUGGACGAGCUCUACGCGGAAGAGCGUAUCAAGCAGAUAAAGAUUGCGAAGAACCCAGCUGCGUAUGCAUGUGCCGCUGAGGGAUGCGGCAUUCGCGCGGAGGAGCGGGCUGCGCUUCGGAAGUGUGCGGGUAGAUGCCCACCGGACCUGAAGCCGCACUACUGCAGCCCGGAGUGCCAGAAGAAGGAUUGGCUGAGACACAAGGCCGUAUGCAAGCCAGGUUCGAAGGGCAGGAUACCUGGUGUCAGCGACCAGCCAAAAGCGGUCGCGCUGGGUUUGCUCGGUAUCGAGGAUACCUCCAACAACGGAGGGCCGUCCACAGCUGAAAGCACCGAGUACAAGCCCCAGUUGCACGCCCUUCCGCCAGGCCCUGCUCGCACGAUCGACAUCCCCACUCCUGGAACUUCUCGCGGCUACAUCAGCGUCACGUCCAACACGCUGGAGGCCGGGAUGAUGAAGUACAUCCGCGAGGAGAUGAUGAAGCCCGGAAACGAGCAGACCCCACCCUGA